GCCUCUAAUUGUCCCAGCACUCUCAUCAAGAUCUGCACGUCAUUCAACUCAUAGCCAACUUGCUGCAAUAAAAAAAGUAUCAAUUCCUCUAUAUACUUCUAAAACGUACAAAGCUUUCUAAGUUUACCCUUUAUAAGCUCGCGUAAGUUUAUUUUUUCUUUUAAACCUUCCUAACUCGCUCGCAGAACAAAACAGCUGGAGGGUUUUUAGAGCAGCCUGUGUGACUUUGUUAAACAUGGCUGACGACUUUGGCUUUACCGCGGCUGACAACGGAGUUCAUGUGGAGGAGGACCCGGCCGCCGCGUUUCUGGCCCAGCAGGAGAAUGAGAUCGCCGUGAUUGAGAACGACAGCGCCGGGUUCGGUGCGCUGGAGGGCGGCGGACCUCUGCCCUCGGACACGUACACGACCAUUGCAGGUGAAUUUGUAGGAGCACCAGUCACUGCCGUGAACGGAGAUAUGUUUCAAGACACCAACGGCACAGCUGACAGCUACUCAGCUAUUGCUCAAGUGGACAUGCAGAGACAAGAACCUGAGAGUUUGCGCAAAUGGAGGGAGGAACAAAGGGCUCGGCUGGAGGAAUUAGAUUCGGCCUCCAAAGCAGCUGAGGCUGUGUGGAGGGAGAAAGCUCGGAAAGAGCUAGAGGACUGGCAUGUUCACCAGAAUGAACAGAUGGAGAAAAAUAAAGCCAACAACAGAGCAUCAGAGGAAGCUUUCCUCAAGGAAUGUGAUGAUGACAGUCCCGGCACAGAGUGGGAGAAAGUGGCCCGGCUGUGUGAUUUCAACCCAAAAACCAGCCGUCAGACUAAAGACGUGUCUCGAAUGCGCUCCGUUCUCAUUUCUCUAAAACAGACGCCUCUGGUUCGCUAAAAUAAGUCCCUAUAAAAUAAUGUUUUACAUGCUUUCUUUUCCCUCUUGCACUUUAGUUUUAUUUUAGUGAGGCUGAACACUCUUUAACAGUUGCAAGUUGUUUGGUUUUUAAUGGGUCAUUGAAUGUGUACAAUGUUUUAUUUAAACUUUCUAUUUAUGUACCCUGGUGUUUUGCUGGGUCAAAAGAUUUAGUUUGGCUAUUCCUUAUGUUCAAGAAUGUUGUAAAUUAAGAAAAAUUGCAAGUGUGCCUCAAACAUUUGACAAACAGUGACCAGGUCAAGGAAUUUAAGUUUAUUACAUGAAUCCUAAUGUAAGUGACAUCAUUAGAAAGGCAGUAGUUUUACCACAAUGCAAAAAAAUAUUUGGUCCAGCUUUAUGAUAUUUACAAUUUACUUUAUAUUGAUUGUUGUGAUAUAACCACUUAAUUACCUACAAACCAUUAGACAGCAUUAAUCCACUGAUUGUGGUGUCCAGCAGGAGCCAUUCAGGAUCUACAAAGUUACACAGAUAUCUUCACAAAGCUCUACUGUUUUGUUACAGUCUAGAUACAGACACGGUUUAGUUACCAUCUCUGACCCUACAGAGUAUUCUUCGUAAAUUGCAAUCAGUAUCCAGAUUUGGUAUUAUCUGCUUUCAUGUAUUUAUGUUCACUGCCAAGAGGGAAGCCAUGUUUGUGAGCUUAAGGUUCUUGUUUAUUAUAAUUUACACAUUACCACAUUUUCAUGCAGCUCUUGUUUUCAUGUCUGUUGUUCCCAUAGCAGUCAGCACCUAGGAUAUUUUGCAGCAGGAGUAAAAAGAUCACAGCAGUUACUUUGAUUUGCAGGUGUAUUAUCCUGCUAAUAUAACAAAUCACAGCACCACAAGCCCUCAUUACUCAUUUAAUAUAUACCUAAGGGAUGAAUAAUACUGAGUUUAAAACCAAAUCUUUUUCAAGUGUUGAGUUCAUAAAUGAGGCCUCAGUCUACAGCAAUAAAUUCUGUGCCUGAACCUUUGCUCACUGUAACUUAGUGUCUACCCCGUUGGCCUUCAUCAUCCAAGCUGCCAAAAUCCGAACGCACUAGAAAUACAAGGUAGCACAAUAAAAUAACAAUGCAGGUAGUUAUCUUUUUACAUAUAAAUACUUUUGCUGGAGGUCAAACAGUAUUCCAUUUUAUUGAACUUGGUCCAGAUGUUUUUGUAGUCCUGUUUGUUACUUGCAUGAAACAAAAGUGGAUGUUACUAAUUGUUUGUAUAAUUCAUAUUCACCCAACUGGGAGGCCUUGUUAUGUUAAGCAAUUUGUGUUGCCUUUUAAGAUAACCAGUUUAGUUGCACACUACUGUACAUGAUGGUUCCCUGAAGAAAACAUUUGUAUACAGUAUGUUUAAAUAAAUCUCUUGGUUUUAAUGAAACGAUCUGACAUAAUAUAUAUUGAGGUUGAUUUUUUGUAUCAUUAUUAUUAUUAUUAUUAUUUUAAUACAACGCUUAGCUUACACCCUUGCUCUAAUUGAUUGUGUGUGCCUAGAUUUGAACCAUGCAAUAUUUGUGUAAUUCAAUAAAAACCUUUUUUAAUUCAGAUAACGUUUAAUGGGUUAUUCCAUGUGAAAUCAACCAAAUUUCAGAAACUUUUGAAGAAACAAAAAAAAAAAAAAAAAAAAAACAUGUUUUUCU